AGAUCGAGUGGAGAAUUGAAGCUGCAACCUGUCUGUCUUUAUGGCCCCGCCGGAUAAUCAUAAUCUUAGACCAUUAACCUUUACGCUCUUGUCGUCACCAACACGUUCACAACCCCCCUCUCUUCUUCAUCUCUUUCCGGAUGAUGGGCACUGGAUAAAGAAGCGGCUAAGUAAAAGUGACGUCAACAGUUCAUCAAGGCUGUUGUUGGCUAAAGAGGAUGUGAACAAAUACGUUCUGACAUGGAUGGAUGAGGAGAGGUGCGCGGCUUGUGAGAGCAGGGAAGGGUUGAGAGUCAAAAUGUGGGAUUUGGACACUGGUUCUGAACAUGAGCUUAGCCUGAAGAAAUGGCAGACUGGCAGCUUUCUGUUCACUAGCAACUGGUCUAAGGAAUUUGUAAGGAGAAGGAAUUUGCAGGAGGGUGACUGCAUUGGGCUGCGCUGGGACGUUGAAAAUCUAGGGUUCUUCUUCCACAAAUUCAAUGCCCAAUCUUAAUUACUUCUGAUCUCUGUGCUUCAGGGAUAGAUUAUUAUUAUUACUAAAUAUUGUCUUCAAAUAAAAAUAAAUAAACAUUUGAUUUGUUUUGCAUGUGAUGCA